AUGUUCGACCUGGACAAUUUCAACGACGUGUCUCGCAGGAGUGGGCAAGCAGAAAUGAUCCCUUGGUCCGUCUACCGUGCUAGUGCCCAGGGCCAGGCUGCCGUCUUCGUCAACAUGGUCCGCGUCUUUGACGACCACGCCUCCUUAUCCGCACCGACGUUCAGUUGGCAAGACGGAGGCAGUGGACGGUGCAAUGUCAUAGAAAUUACAGGUCCCGACAAAACUAGUGUGUCCCUAUGCCAGAAGAGACGUGCUAAAGUCUACUGGAAACGUUCCAUCAGGCGCCCACCACUCUCUUCAGAAGAGGUCUACAACUCUCUCUUGGCGGGAUUGGACCCUUCCAACAUCACUCUGAUAUUCUCUUAUUGGCGUGGACCCUGGCAGGUUGAAAACGAUGCAGCUACUCCCGUUUUACAGCCAAACAACAUCGUCUUACACCAAGAACUAAAAUGUAAAGCUAGUCAAAGCCUACUAAACUCUGCCAUUGCUUACCAGAACAAGUUCCUAGCAGCUCCAGGAGUGGAGAGCAGGUACGUUGCAGUGAUGAUCAGAGCUGAACAUUCCAUAGUUGAGUUCCUCGCAAAGAGAAGCAAGAACACCUCCAAAGACUUGGAGAAAUGUAUGGACGAGUUAGUGAAGGAAACCGAUGCAGCUAUGAAGGCAGUUGAUGCCAGUGGUGUAUUUGUAACCAGCGAUGUGGGGUACUUUGGAAGUGGAUCAUGGAAGGCGACAAUCUCGUCUCCAGAGAAGGGAGAUGUGGCAGACGUAGAGAGGAGGGUGAAGAGGACAGUAGAGAGACUCUAUGCAGGCAGACAGGGAUGGACAUUUGAAGAGUGGGAGAGGAGUUUUGUGGAGGCAUCGGGAGGAGUAGAUGAGAGGGGGUACGUGGCCGCACUGCAGAGAGCCGUCGCCACAGACAGGAAGGCAGCUUGCCUGGUGCUGCUUGGUGGAGGCUCAUUUCAUGAGCUCUCUUUGAAACAGUACCUCUACAACACCAACAACCGCACACAUCCUCCCUGUGUACGUAUGGUGUGUAUGGACCGGAACUACCAAGAACCGUUUACUUCUAUGGUGGAAAAGGCUAGUAAUUAG